AGGCUUUGCUCGUCGUAUCCCAGCUGAGCAGGACGCGAGUGGGUAUCAGGGCGGCGAAUGAGAUUGGGCCUGGACGGAUGAUUACGGUGCGUGUGGCUGCAAAUCUGGGUGUGAGCAAUGAGUGAUCUUGUCUGGUCGAGAGGUGGGAAAUUGCUGCGCAUGCAUGUCCCUGGCGCUCUGCGAGGAAGGCCAGCAACAGCAAGUUGCUGCGCAUAAACCCCCAGGGAGGAUCAGAAGUUAGUUAACUGAGGCACUCUAAUAAUAAACCGGUACUAGUCCUACGUAAGGAUGCACGCCGCCAUGGGCUUUGUCAGUAAUACGCCUGAGCUGACUAGCGGGGUCUCGUCAUCCGAAUGUUAUAUACAUAUAUAAAGGCGGGGUCUUGCUCUUGCUGUCUUCAUCCUUUCCAUCAUCAACAACAUCAACUCCUUCACAUUUCCAACCAUAGUCCGUCCAUCAUCUUCUAGACAGUCAGUCGCCUCUACGAUAACAUCAACCUCCAACAACCACAUCCAUAUUUUCAGAUAACCACACACCCAAGAAACAUGUCCGGCUACGACUACAACCAACAGCAGGGCUACGGCCAGCAGUCUUAUGGCGGCCAGCAGGGCGGCUACGGUCAGCAGCAACAAGGCUACGGUCAGCAGCCGCAGGGCUAUGGCCAGGGCCAGUACGGCCAGGACCAGUAUAGCAACCAGGGACAGCAGUACCAGCAGGGCGGCUACGACCAGAGUGGCUACAACCAUCAGCAGCAGUCCUACGGACAACAGGGCCAGGACUACAACCAAGGCCAACAACAGCAUGGCUACGGCGGUCAGCCUCAGUACGGUCAGGACCAGGGCGCUCCAGGUGGUGCCCAGGAGGGUGAGCGUGGAAUCGGAGGUGCUCUUGCUGGCGCUGCCUCUGGCGGUUUCCUCGGAAGCAAAGCCAACCACGGUAUCCUAGGAGCCAUCGGAGGAGCCAUCGCCGGCCACUUUGCCGAAGAGAAGCUCAAGAAGCACGGAGAUGGCCAUCACGGAAGCGGCCAUGGAGGCAGCAAUGGCGGAAACCCUCUUGGUUCCAUGUUCGGAGGCGGCAAGCACUGAACUGCAUAAACUACCCCGUUUUGCUUGACUAACCGUGGAUCUGAAUCCGGAGGUUGAUCUGAUCAGGGCGGAGAGGAAGACGAUGCGGAGGAGGCAAAAACCACGCGAGCGGGACACUUAUGGCAUGCCUUGUAUGACUCUCCUAUGUGCAGAUAUAAUUUGUUUAAAUUCUUUUACGUGUUGAUUGAUUGAUUCCAUCGUACGAUUGUUUUCUGUUCCGUGUUCGUAUGACCCAUGUUGACAUUUUACAACCUACUAUUAUUAUUGCCAUGUUCCAGCAUCAGUGAUACUUGUCACUUCUCUGCCAGACUUGUUGAUAAUGACAACUGUAUUUAUUAGGACUUAAUAUGCAUGUGUUUUAUUCCAAAGAAAUUGACAUUCCCCAUAAACCCCUCCUUGGAUUAAUUUUAACUCCUAAACCCCCAGAAUCUGCCUGUGAUUCGGAGAUUACGGACUGGAUAACCAUGGAUACAUAGAAGCGAGGGCCCUGAUCCAGUCUGAUAUUCGGUAUAUCAAAUCAGAAUGCGUCGAUGUAAAAUGCCCCUUGGUACAGAGUUCCUAUGGACACUUUCGCCAACCAGCAGCCAGAUAUCCGGCAUUCAUGGUCUCCUACUAUGAGAUCGACACGGAGGGCCGGCAUGCAUGAUACCCAUGUUUGGCUAUCUAUUAUUGCAGCCACGAAGAGAUAUCUCCCGCCUGCAGCCCAGCUAAUCCGCCUCCCAAAGACACUCUGGAAGAUCGCAGAUACGUGCAAAUAAUUUUUUAGCCAAGUGGAGAUUUCAGCUUCUCCCAACGUCCUCGAUUGAAAAAAGGGCAGAUUGAUACGAGCCGAUCCAGCCCUGUGGCGUUCAAACAUACUUA